AUGAGGCAUCCAUUUUCUCUUUUUUGUUUUUUUUAUUUGCUGCAGCUUGCAGUAUCUCGUUUGUUUUCAGCAGCAGCAGCAGCAGCAGCAGCAGAAGCAGCAGCAGCAGCAGCAGCAGCAGCAGCAGCAGCAGAACCAGAAACUCAUGCGGGGGAUGUCAGUGCUGAGGGGGCCCCUACUACUCUUGAUGGGGGUUUAGGGUUUUAUACAGGGGGGCCCCCCCCUGCUGCUGCUCGGUUUGCUGCUGCUGAGCUUGCUGCUGAUGAGGCAGCAGCAGCAGCAGCAGCUGCUGCUGCUGCCGGGUUUUAUACAGGGGGGCCCCCCCCUGCUGCUGCUCGGUUUGCUGCUGCUGAGCUUGCUGCUGAUGAAGCAGCAGCAGCAGCAGCAGCUGCUGCUGCUGCUGAAGAAGCAGCAGCAUUUGAGGCAGCAGCAGCAGAAGAAGCAGCAGCAGCAGCAGAAGCAGCAGCAGCAGCUAAAGCAGCAGCAGCAGCUAAGGCAGCAGCAGCAGCAAAAGCAGCAGCAGCAGCUAGAGCAGCAGCAGCAGCUGGUGCUCCUAGUGCUGCUGCUAGUAUUGCUGCUGCAUCAGCAGCAGCAAUAGCUGCUGCUCCUGCUGCAGUUGACAUUCCUGCUGCUGAAGAAGCAGCAGUAGUUGAAGCAGCAGCAGCAGCAAAAGCAGCAGCAGCAGCAGAAGCAGCAGCAGUAGCAAAAGCAGCAGCAGCAGCAGAAGCAGCAGCAGCAGCAGAAGAAGCAGAAUCAGCAGCAGCAGCAGUAGCAAAAGCAGCAGCAGCAGCAGAAGCAGCAGCAGCAGCAGAAGAAGCAGAAUCAGCAGCGGCAGCAGAAGCAGACGCAGCAGCUGAAGUAGCACACGAAGCUGAAGCAGCAGCAGCAGCAGCAGCAGCAGCAGCAGCAGCAGAAGCAGCAGGAUCACCCUCUGCACAGGAGAAAAAAAAGCAGCAGCAAGAGCUCGCAGCACCCGCAUAG